CUGCUCGCCCUGAUCGCAGACAAGUGUAUGACCAGCCUUCACUCUCUCAGGAGAAAACAUACAGAGGGCCUGCUCCAACCAUUCCCUUUUUAACAUCUCCUGAUCCUAGAGAAUUCUCAAGAUUGAGGAUAGCUUUAGAGAAUAUUCUGCCUGAGGAUGCAACAGAGCAUUUUAAAUAUCAGAUACUUACUGACCACCUAAAGCUGGAGGAAGCACUUUUUGUGUCAGACUCGUACAAUAAUUCAAGGCUUCCAUUUACUUACACCAUGAGAGCACUUACCAAGAUGUAUGGCCAACCCCACCAGUUAGCCUUACAACGCAUAGCAUAUCUGAUGGAUGGACCAAACAUUCGUAGUGGAGAUGUGAAAGCUUUUCGUCUGUUUGGGCUCCAUGGACGCUCCUUGGUCAGUAUGUUGGAACAGCUAGGCCUGAAAGGAACAACCGAGCUGGAGUGUGGGUCACAUGUUUCCAGACUUAUGAGCAAAUUGCCACAUGACUUCAGAUCCAGUUUUAAGAGGUACACACACCCUCUUGGCGUUACCAUUCCUACAUUACUGGACUUUGCAGAUAGGCUUGAAUAUGAGCUCCAAGUUCAGGGAGACCACACAGAUUACACCCCUCAAUCCAAACAAGUGUCAUCAAUGCCGAGAAAGGAAAUAAGGAGAGACUCCCAGCAAACUCGCAAACCCACUGCCAUUCUCCUUGGAACAGAGAAAUCAAAGGCCACUUCAGUACUACCAGCUGAUCAACAGAAACCAGUCACUGCUAAGGGAGAAAGGGUGAAUGCUUACUGUCCAUAUUGUGACAGCAACAGACAUUUCCUGAACAAUUGUGAGAACUUUAAGCUACUCACCAAAGAACAGAAAGUAACUUGGAUUAAAAGCCAAAAUAGAUGCUGGCGCUGUGGACGUGGUCAUCAGGCAGCCCACUGCACUCUGAAAGCCCUCUGUCAAACAUGUAACAGGAAGCACCUGGUGGCACUACAUGAGGUGACUGAUCAAAGCAGAACAACUGAAGAAUCUGUUCCAGCCAGUGCGGUACUAUAUGUUGAUCGUCCCACUUGUGACCGUAAGAUCUUGUUAAAAGUGACCAAAGUUCUACUCCGAAAUGGCAACAAAGCUAUGGAGGCAUAUGCUGUGCUUGAUGAUGGGUCAGAGCGGACCAUUAUUCUUCAUAAUGCAAUUCAGAAGCUGAAACUAAAGGGGCAGCCAGAGGAAUUAGUGCUUCGCACGGUCAGGCAAGAGAUGCAGACCAUUCACGGGGCGGCCGUGACCUUCACGGUGUCUUCAAUGGAUAACCCUCGUAAGGUGUUCAAGAUACGGAGUGCAUUCACAGCUAACAGCCUGGGUUUAGCAGAGUACACGCACCCAGUCCAGGUACUCCAGAAAAGGUACAAGCACCUCGCGGGCCUGCCACUUCGGAACCUUCACAAGGUGAAACCCGUGAUUCUUAUUGGCUCUGACUGCCCUCACCUCAUAACACCCAUCGAACCUGUCCGACUAGGCCCACCUGGGGGCCCUGCUACUGUGAGAACCCGCCUAGGAUGGACAUUACAGGGUCCAGCACAAGAAAUAACCACCACACCCUCAGCAGUGUCUCUUCACCAGUCUGCGACCCAUUGACAACCUGUACGCUGAUGUGGAGUAACUAUGGAAAAUGGACAUUUUCCCAUAUCAGAUUGAAAAAGUGCUGAUAAGGUCACGACAAGACCAGGAGUCCAUCCAGCUUCUCCACACGAAAACCGUGAGAAUAGGAGUUAAUGGAGUCCAGCGUUAUGCAACUCCCCUACUGCGGGCUAAGGAUAUGCCAUGCCUUCAUGCACCCGAAGUAGCUGUGUUGCCACAGUUAAGGGGAAUUGAAAAUCGUCUGGAAAGGAAACCUGAUCAAGCAGCAGCAUACCAGGAAGAGAUAAACAGGUUACAGCAAGCUGGCUACAUCACAAAGGGCAGAUCUAAACAAGUGCAAGAAUC